AUGAGAGUGUUAGCAAGUUGCGUUGACAACGGGUCAUUAAAAGAAGCUGUGUUUGGGUUUGGUACUGAUACAUCUGUGCAAACAGCUCCUCAGCCACAAUUGAUUGAGACUCAUCUUUGUGAAGGUUUAGAUGCCCAUGUUGAGCAGAUCCACAAGAUAGAUGACGGCAAGUGGUUGCUGGCACGUCACAAUGGUACAGUCCAAUAUGUUGAAAGCGAGUUGGUAGAUCAUUCUGAAAUUGAAGGUAUGAAAGUGAGCCAUUUUGAUGUUGUGGGUAGCAUAACUGGACUGUUGGAUGUUUCAAGACUAGAUCAUCUAAAUGCACAGUCAAAGAGAAGAACCAAAUUGAAGGAUGGUUUUGUUUCUCUGGCUCCAGUGAGCAAGAAGGAUUGUUACCUAGCAUGCACUAAAUCGGGUUUAGUGCACAUACUUGCUUUAAAUUUCAAGGACAAAUUGUUGACCAAGUUGCAAACAUUUGAAGUUAAGGCGCCAUUGGAGUUUGCCCAGGUCUAUGAUGUUGAAAAGACAAAAAAAACUGUCUUUGCUUGUGGGGGUGAGGAAAACCUAGUAAAAUUGUUCGAAUUGUCAGAGUCCUGUGACAAGAUAUCAAUGAUAUGGGAGUCUAAAAAUGUGAAGAAUGAUAGAUUAGAUAUGCGUGUACCAGUUUGGCCUGUUGCUCUUAAAUUUCUACAACCUGUACCGACUUCAAGUGCAGGGUAUGACAAGAACAAACUGAACUUCCAAUUUCUAGUUGUGACUGGUUGGUCUCAUUUUGGUAUCUACAAUACUCAACAUGGUAAGAGGCCAAUGAAAUACCUAGACCUACUUCCAGAGCGUGAACCAUUGAGACAAUUGGAAUUAUUAGAUCCUUCUCACAAUACAAAAGCAAUUACUCAACUAGGGAAUUUAAAGUGUAAGGAAACCGAAUCCCUAGAAUUCAUAACAACAGAUAAGAAAACUCAAGUGCUUAAGUAUAAUGGUCAGGGUCAACUAAUUGGGAAAUAUGGGAAGGGGGACAUUACCGGUUUAGCCACUUAUAUUGGUAUUCAUGAUCAAAAAUAUUUGUUGGAAGGAGGUCUUGAUAGAUAUUUGAGAGUAUUCGACAUUGAAUCAAGGGCACAAAAAGCAAAGAUUUAUUUAGGUACAAAUAUCAACAGGAUACUGGUUCUAGACGAAGAAUUGGAAGCAUUGCAAGAAAUAGAGAUGGCAAAGAAUAACAAAAGAAAGCAAACCGCAUCUGAUGAAGAAGAUGAUGCCGAAGAACUGUGGUCCAAAUUGGAAACCAAAAAAGAGAAAAAAAGAAAGCUUUAA